UAUUACUUUCAAUCAUGUAACUAAGUUAGAUGAAAUUAUAGUUUUUAAAUUAAAAUCCAAAAGUAUAAAAUUGUAUAAAGGUGUAUUUCAUGAAAUUGACACUGAGGGGCGUUAAUUUUUCCAUAACAGACGCGAAAGUUGACAAUCCGUCUCUGAAUUAAUAUUAAUGGAAUUGAACAGUACAGUUUAUUAUUUGCUACGUUUAAAUAUCACUCAGUAUUAUUUAUUUAUGUGAAAUUACAAUUUUUACGAAAUUAUAUCAAAUUAAUGCUUCCAGUUAUUUCAAUUAAUAAUUCAGAUUCAACAAUUAUCCAACAAAGUUCAGUGUAUAUACUGAUUAUAUGAAAAAUAAUACGAAAUAUUAUAUUAUAUUGAAUGGCCUUAUUAAUAAAAAACAUUUGGACUUUGUGUUGCAAGCAAUUGUUUCUUUAUAAUAAUCAUGUUGAUAUUUGACUUGUUAAAAAAAUUUUUUGGAUGGGCAGACGAAGCACCUAGAAAGCGUAGAGCUGUUUCGUUUAGUUUAGAAAAAGAAUUUGUAACACCAAAAAAGCAUCGUUGUGAUUACAAAACUAUCAAUGUGGAGGAUGAACCUACUGAGAUUAAAGAUGAUAGUGAUAACGAUGAUGACGAUGUUCAAAUUAUAAUCAAACAUAAACAUUCUCCCACUAAAACGUUCAAUAGGGUAAAUGGUAAAUGUAAUAAUAAAGAAAAAUCAUUUACUUGCUGCACACCAUCAUCAUCAAAACGUCAAACGUGUUAUGAUAAAGUGAACAUGGGGUAUUUUGGUAAUGCAAGUGAAAGAGUACAUAAUGUUAGAACACACCGACAAUGUGUCACAUUAAAUAAAACUCGCCGUCUGAAAGAAAAAAAUCAGUAUGAAGAAUUAUUACAAAAUUUUCUCCCGCACAGAAUACAUGUUAUAUGUGAUAAACAUGAAGAAAACGGACAGAUGGAAGAACCAGCAGAAGUAAUAGAUUUAGAAAAAUUUAAUAUCUCAUCCAGUUCUAAAACGCAUCCAAUUAGAAAACAUGAAACUUCACAAUCAUGUUGGAAAAAAGAAAAGAAGAAAGAAAUAGUUAUUACUUUAGAUAACGAUAAAAUAGAUGAAAUUUCCGAUAAAAUUCCAUCUCAUAGUAAACAUAUUAAUAGAGAAAAAUGCACACAAGUUAGAAAUAUAGAAUGUGUAGCAAAAAACACAUUAAGAGAUCACUUAGCAGCGAAAGCUGUGAUGAAAGAGGAUUUUGUUCCACAAAUAACAAAACGAUACAAUGAACGUAUAGAACAACGCUAUAAGGAAGCCGAAGAACUUAAAAAAAUGACAUGUAUGUUGUCUAAACAUAAUCGUUUAGCAAGGGAAGCUGCAUUAGAAGAGCAUUUAGCCAGAUCGAUGAGAUUAUGUGAGGCUGUUUUGGAUGAAACAGAGAAACUAGAAGAAUCAGAAUUACCUACUUUAACAGAGGAAAUGUUACAGGAAGUAAAGCAUGCUCUUAUUCCUCGACCACCUGAUGAAGUUCUUGUUGAAGGUUUUGGUUUACGAAUCACAAGGAAAGAUAUUUAUACAUUAGCUGACUUAAAUUGGUUGAAUGAUGAAGUAAUCAAUUUUUAUAUGAAUCUAUUAAUAGCUAGAAGUAGCAACGAUAAAUACCCAAAGGUACAUGCUAUGAAUACCUUCUUCUAUCCAAAACUAAUCUCAGGUGGACACGCAUCUUUGAAGAGAUGGACAAGAAAAAUUGAUAUUUUCGCACAAGAUCUUGUAGUUGUUCCUAUACAUUUAGGUAUUCAUUGGUGUAUGUCAAUAAUUGACUUUAGAGACAAAACUAUUCGGUAUUAUGACAGUAUGGGUAGCAGUAAUCCGAAAUGUUUAUCUGCAUUACGACAAUAUUUGGAAAAUGAAAGCUUGGAUAAAAAGAAACAAACAUAUGAUACUAGUGAUUGGAAAUUAGAAUCAGUCAAAAAUAUUCCUCAACAAAUGAAUGGGAGUGAUUGUGGUGUUUUUUCUUGUAUGUUUGCUGAAUAUAUUUGUUCAAAUAAAAGAAUCACAUUUACACAGCAAGAUAUGCCAUAUUUUCGGAAUAAAAUGGUUUAUGAAAUAUUAAAAUCCAAGCUUUUAUAGAAAGACAAACAGAUAUUCAUUUAAGCAUUGAUGAUAAACAAGCAAAGUAACUUCCAUAAAUAUCACAUAUACCUUGGGACAAAAGAGUUUAUUAUUGUGUAAAGUAUUUUAGAAUAUAAUUUAUCAGUGAUGUUGAAUAAACAGUGUUCUUUUUAUUAUUACUAUUGUAAAUUCAGUAUGAUUUCUUUUGUGCUAUUAAAAAUAUAUUUUUGUUUAAAAAUGUAAUAAUGAUUCUUUUGUAAUCUAGAAAACAAUAGUUACUUGUGAUCUUAAUAUAAUAAACAAUUUUUUUUCUUAAUAAAGUAACACUUUUUGUUUUAAUACUAAUUAUAAUAACAGUUAUAUGUAUCCUUUAUUAGAAGUAAAUAAUGUACUAUGUUCUGUUUCAAAUAAAUGUAUUGUUUAAGAAA